AUGCCAAAAAAAACUCGCAAAAGUUAUCCUGUUUCCUUAAAACUUGAUGCUAUUAAUUACGCAAAAAAAACGAGUAAUCAUGCUGCAGCACGAUUGUUUUCUGUUGACCAUACACAAAUCAGUAGAUGGCGAACGAAAGAGGAGGACCUAAAAAAGACAAGACAAACGAAUCGUAGGGCGGGAUCAGGUGCUUUACCAUCAUAUCCGCUCGCUGAAGAAUUACUAAGAAAAUGGAUAUUAAAUCAACGCGAAGGAGGAAUAGCUGUUACACCUUAUGACGUCAAACUCCAAAUGAAACGAUUGCUUGCUAAUGAUUUUAACCAGCUGUAUCCUGAUGCUGCCAAUAGUUUCAAGGCUUCUGAUCCAUGGCUUCGACGUUUUAUGAAUCGUAAUAAUUUAUCUCUCCGCCGACAUACAAAAGUUUCUCAAAAACUCCCUAAAGAUUUGCAUGAAAAACUCUGUUCAUUCCAUAAAUACAUCCAUUUGUUACAAAAUAACAACAAUUUUGAACUCAAUUGCAUUGCUAAUAUGGACGAGACGCCCAUUUUCUUCGAUAUGAUUGGUACACUUACAGUUGAUUGCCGUGGUGCGCAAUCAAUACCUAUACGUACAACGGGAAAUGAGAAGAAUAGACUCACCUGUGUCCUAGGGAUAUUGGCAGAUGGAACGAAGCUCCAACCAAUGGUUAUUUUCAAGGGGAAGAGAAUACCUAAAGGCUGUUAUCCACCAGGUUUAGUUGUUAGAAUGCAGAAAAACGGAUGGAUGGAUGAAAUUUUGAUGAGAGAUUGGCUAGACACAAUUUUAAUUUGGCUGCAGCGAGCGGAAGAUGCGAGUCAAAAGAGGUCUUUAUUAGUAUUAGAUUCGUUUGUAGGACAUAUUACUCAAUCUGUGAAGGAGAAGUGUCGAGAGACGAAUACUGUCCUGGGUGUCAUUCCUGGCGGCCUCACAUCUAUUGUACAACCAUUGGACGUAAGUAUUAACAAGCCAUUUAAAGACAGGCUUCGUGAGAAAUGGAGAACAUGGAUGGCCACUGGAGAACACAGUUAUACUAAAGCAGGAAACAUAAAGAAGCCAGCAAAUGAUUUAAUGUGCAGGUGGAUUAUGGAAGCGUGGAAUAAAAUUCCCGCAGAAAUGAUAGUUACAUCUUUUAAGAAAUGUGGCAUCACAGAUACUUUAGAUAAUUUAGACGAUAGUGUGGAAGAUGGGGAAGAAGAGAGGGAUAAAGAGUAUAUUGUGGAAGAUAUUAGUGGAAACAAAGAGAACAUAAACGAGU